AGCGCAUGCGCAGCGGGAGGCCCACGCUCCCGGAAAGAGUCCCGAGGCUCGGGUGUGCGCAGGCGCCGACCCGUCCGGAGGCGGAACUGGGGGGGGACGCGGCUCGGGCCGUCUAAACACCCGGAGUGGAGCGAGGUGCGGUGCGCACGCGCGGGCCGCGCUAAGGGGAAGGGUUGAGAGGCGCAUUCGGCGGCCGGCGAGGUCGCGAUGGACGAGGACGUGUUGACCACUCUGAAGAUCCUUAUUAUCGGCGAGAGCGGGGUGGGCAAGUCCAGCCUCCUCUUGAGGUUCACAGAUGAUACUUUUGAUCCAGAACUUGCAGCCACGAUAGGUGUUGACUUCAAGGUGAAAACAAUUUCAGUGGAUGGAAAUAAGGCCAAACUUGCAAUAUGGGAUACUGCUGGUCAAGAGAGGUUUCGAACAUUAACUCCUAGCUACUACAGAGGUGCACAGGGUGUUAUAUUAGUUUAUGAUGUCACAAGAAGAGACACCUUUGUUAAGCUGGAUAAUUGGUUAAAUGAAUUGGAAACAUACUGUACAAGAAAUGACAUAGUAAACAUGCUAGUUGGAAAUAAAAUCGAUAAGGAAAAUCGUGAAGUUGAUAGAAAUGAAGGCCUGAAAUUUGCACGCAAGCAUUCCAUGUUAUUUAUAGAGGCAAGUGCAAAAACCUGUGAUGGCGUACAGUGUGCCUUUGAGGAACUUGUUGAAAAGAUCAUUCAGACGCCUGGACUGUGGGAAAGUGAGAACCAGAAUAAAGGAGUCAGACUGUCACACAUGGAAGACAGCCACGGACGAGGAGCCUGUGGUGGUUACUGUUCUGUGCUAUAAACUCUGGGAAGCCCAUCUCUUGCAUAAUCGAUGAGAUAGUGACAUCUUCUGUAUAUAAACUCUAACUGCUACUUAGGGACCUUGCAGUUUGCACAUAAUUGUUUUGUAUCAUGGCAGUAAAUAUUUGUGAGAAAUUCCACUCAUCGGCUUUCCCAGGGACAGUGUUAUGGUAUGCAUGCAGUGUGUAGUCUGCAGUUUUUUAUGUAACAUAAAAUAGGUGUCCCUUUAAGAGUACAUUUGAUUUUGUGAUUUACAUUUAUCAUGUAACUUUGUAGAACACUCAUCUAUCCAGUAUAUGUUACUAUGGAGUCUGCUUUUGGUCUCUUUUGCUUAAAUACUCCUAUUAAUUACUGAAUUACUUGAUGUGUGGAACUCCUAGACCCACUGGGAGGUAAGUCAGUACCACCAGGCCUGCCAGAUUUCCUCUGAGGAGUAGCAGAGCGCGACUUCCUCACCUCCCAGGAUGUCUGAGAGUCUCUUCCACUACUAAGCUCAGACUGUAGCUCAGGCCACUACAUAAUUAAAUUUCUAUUUGUCCUGAUGACACUUCCAAAAUAGUGUUAGUAUAUUACAGAAGUUUGGUAUUACUUUUUAGCUUAUCUCAUUGAUUGGGUUGGUUGUUUGUAGUUUCAGUCCUGUGAUACUACAUUGGAUUCAUGUUCCUUUGCAGUGUUUUGAGUUAGAUAGUGUUCGGCAGAACAGCAAUAAGGUUUUCCCUCAUUUUCCUUUCAGAAGGACAUGAAUAUGUUGAUUGAAACUCCUUUAGUCCUUAUCACCUCUAAACCAACAUCUUUUUUCAUAAAUGUUGGUUGUGUUUGUCCAGGUACCUUCAUUGUAACUCGUGUAAUGUUUAUGAAUAUCUGUAUCUUAGGGCUUUCAUAAAUGGCUAGUUGAUAUUCAGAAACCCAUUUCUGUGUAUUGAGGGGUGGGGAAAAAACCCUAAAUGACAAUUUGAGAAAGACAUAUUCCUUCCAGACUCUAACGUGUGGGAAAAUACUUUUGCAAUGAAAAUCUUGAUAAUUUACUGUGACAAGUAACCAUUAGUUUAUCAAAACUAACUUGUACACUAAUAAAUCUUUGCAACAGUAUUGUUUUCUAACUUCUUGCUUUUGUACAUUGUGUGUUUUUUCAGUCUUGUUAUUUAGUUUACUUUGAUCUCUGCUGUUUUAAGUCUAUUUGUAAGUAAUUCCUCCUUCAAACCUGGUCACUACAAUACCCCUCAGUAAGAUUCUGAUAUUAAUUUCUUGGCAGUUUAUUCUCUAUUAUAAUUGUAAAUGAUAAACAUUUUUGUGGACCUUUGCAAUAUGUGUGUUAGUGAUUUUACUUCAGGAUGGGCUCUUUAUGGAAUACACAUCUUCACAAAUGAAAUCCUCACAUUCUAUUUGGUUUACACUUGUUAGUCUACAUUACAUAAUGAGUAAAGCAUUUAUGCAUUGUGUAUUAAUUCUGCAAUGUUACUGAAAGGUAGCUAAUGUGCUUAUGAUUUGGUCCUGUAGCAUUAAACCUAGAUUUAUGUAUUUAUGUAGAGUUGUUUUGACAAAACUUUUCUAUUUUUGCUCCUUUGGCUAUGUAGCAGUCUUUCUUGUACAUUGAAUUGUUGUCUUGAUUUGGUCACGAUUUGGAUACAUGGAGAUCACUUGAAUAUAAUUUUAAGAAUUUUGUUUGAUUUUUAUUGUAACCUUUCAUAGUUUUUGAAUAAAUACAGCCUGCUUUCCCUAGA